GCGCUCUAGACCCCCCGCGGAGGGGCCGCGGCUCCCCAGAGCGGCGGUCAUGGCGCGGCGGCUGGUGCUGUUCGACCUGGGCGGGGUGAUCUUCACCCCCAGCCCGCUGGGCGCCUUCGGCCGCUACGAGGCGUCGCUGGCCCUGCCCAGGAACUUUUUGCAAAAUGUCAUCGCAGGCCCUGAUGGUCCCUAUGCCAGAGCGAUGAGAGGAGAGAUCGCCCUAUCUCAGCUGGUUUCUGAGCUGGAAGAGGAUUGCAAGAAAGUUGCUGCCUCCUCGGGGGCUUCUCUCCCGGAGACGUUCUCCAUAGCACAGGUCUUUGAGGAUAUUAUGACACAAGGAAAGCUCAAUACUGAUGUUCUGCAAGCUGCUGUAACUCUCAGGAACAAUGGGUUCAGGACGUGUGUGCUCACAAAUAACUGGAUAGAUGACGGUCCUCAGAGACACAUCACAGCUCUUGCGCUCUCUCUGCUGAGGAGGCAUUUUGAUCUGGUGAUCGAGUCUUGCCGUGUCGGUCUGAAGAAGCCAGACCCUCGAAUUUACGAGUAUGCGCUGGACGUGCUGAAGGCGAAACCGCAGGAGGUUAUUUUCCUGGAUGACAUCGGAGCUAACUUAAAGCCAGCCCAGGAAAUGGGAAUAGCCACCAUCCUUGUCAAGGACACCGAUGCUGCCCUGAAGGAACUGCAGGACCUGUGUGGAAUUCAGCUUCUUGGCCAUGAAGAGACUCUGCCAAUUGCGUGUGACCCAGUGAACGUGACCCAUGGUUAUGUGCCAAUCAAGCCUGGAGUCCAGCUGCAUUUUGUUGAGAUGGGGAAUGGCCCAGUGGUGUGCCUCUGCCAUGGCUUCCCUGAAUCCUGGUUCUCCUGGAGGUACCAGAUCCCUGCUUUGGCUGAGGCUGGCUUCCGGGUCCUGGCUUUGGAUAUGAAAGGCUACGGAGAUUCCACUGCUCCCCCAGACAUAGAAGAAUAUUCCCAGGAAGAAAUAUGCAAGGAUCUUGCGGUUUUCCUGGACAAACUGGGCAUUUCCCAGGCCGUGUUCAUCGGCCAUGACUGGGGCGGCGCUGUGGUGUGGAACAUGUCCCUCUUUUACCCAGAGCGAGUGAGGGCAGUGGCUGGACUGAAUGCACCCCACAGACCAGUGAACCCUGAAGUGGAUGUCAUGGAGAUGAUCAAAGCCCGUCCUGUGUUUGACUAUCAGCUUUAUUUCCAGGAGCCGGGUGUUGCUGAGCUCGAGCUGGAGAAGGACCUGAGCAGGACGUUUAGGAUCAUGAUCCGCUCCAUGAGGAAGGAGGACGAGCUGCCUGUUCCACUCAACAUCGCCAACGUCCGGGAGCGAGGGGGGCUUCUGGCUGGCAUGUCGGAAGACCCACCUCCAAGCCAGAUCCUAGCGGGAGCGGAUCUCCAGUACUUCAUCCAGCAGUUUAAAAAGUCUGGCUUCAGGAGACCCUUGAACUGGUACCGGAACAUGCGAGCCAACUGGCAGUGGGGCCUCUCUGCGAAAGGCAGGAAGAUCCUGGUCCCGGCUUUGAUGGUUACUGCGGGGAAGGACUUUUUUCUCCAUCCGAAUCUGAGUAAAGGCAUGGAGGAGUGGAUUCCCCAGCUGACCCGGGGCCACAUUGAAGAGUGCGGACACUGGACUCAGAUGGAAAGGCUCCUAUUACCCUGCACCUCCUGUCCUGACUUUUCACACUUGCUGUCUGGUCACCCUAUGUAAGACACCGACGUUUCCUUGCAAAUGAGGAGGCCAAAUCAAAGUCUCGAAGCUUCAGGGAGCAGUAAACCGAGCGUCGUCGUAUACUUAGCAAAUAAUGUAAACUGCAGAAAAGUAGAAUAGGGGGAAAAUUCCCUGACUAGGAAGCGACUGAACAUUUCAAGCUAGGAUACAGGGAUUAGAGGGGACAGGUGACUUCCCAAGUGCCUCCUGCAUCUGCAGCUAUUUCAGUUAUUAAUGAUACUGAACCCCUCAUCUGAAACCCUGUAAAUAUUUUGUAGGGUUAAGCGUCCACCUCUGGCAUUCGAACUCACCGCUCGGCUCGGCCCCCCAACCAGAAAGGCCUGUUUUCUAGUUCAGACACGGCCAAUACCUCCUUUGCGAUAAGAGGUGAGGGGAGGAGUUUUUGUCCCAUGAAAUCUCCUGAAAGCAGCUAGCGCCCCCCGGUGUCUUUUGUUCAGACUGGAGACCAGUGAUGUCAGUUCUGACCUGGCCUCGUGCCCAAACCUUGGACCCUGGCCAGCAGCUAGUCAAGCCCUAAGCACUGCCUUGCUUGGCACCAGUGUGUGUUUGCAUUGCGAUUGGGGCUUUUGUUGUCAGUUUAAGCUGUACAUUUGCGGGUUUAAUACGGGGUUGGCAGGAUGCUAAUAGCUCUUCUAUGCUGCUUUGAAAACUUGCUUCUGCUUUUGUUAUUUCAAGCAUCUUUUGUAAACCAGCAACUGAAAUAAAUCCCAGAAUUGA